GUUUGAUAAGCCUGGAUAUGGCUUUCUUGCUACACAGUAGCAGCUAACACUAGUGAUUCUGCUCUGCUGAAGGGGGCUGACAGGGACCAGAGAUGGCUGAAGAGAUCAGUGAGGCAGAAGAUACUCUUAUUUAUGGUUUAACAGGCUUGAAUACUAUGGGAAGAAUCCUACUUGAAAAUGGCAAGCAAGAAGCAGCAGGUACAGUAUAUACUACCAGUAUUUCUGUAGCUAUCUUGUGGCAUUAUCUAGCUGACUGUCACAUGUAACCUAUGCAAAGUUGUAGAGUGAGCCAAUAGCAACAGCCUAUGAAUAGCUAUGAAUAUUGAAAUAAUAUUGACAGUGUGGUAUCUCUGUAAGCACUAGAGUGAAUUUUGCUACCAUCAGUUUAAAAUAUAUAUAUCUGAUACAUUACAUGUAGCCUACAUCACAUGUUCUUAAAGUAGAAAAGUGUGGUAGGGAUUAAUAAUUGAACAAUAGAGAACUAAGCCCUGUCAUGCAGUUGGCAACACUGACAGUUGCACUAUUGGCUGGAUACAUUGUUACUUUGUCAUUCCUCAGGUUCCAUUGAAGAUUUUGUCCCAAAUAAAAUUACAACUUUAUUUGGACUAAUGACUUGUGGUGCCAACUUCUACAACAGGUGGGUGCAUUUUAGAGACGUUCAGCCUACUUCAUUUUCCUUUCCUCAUUUGUUUUGCUGACAUACUGAGAGUUGGGGUCAUUUGGUCCAAUUCUGCUGACUAAUUUUGUUAACAUUUGUUAGUAUUGGUGUGAAGAAGAAGAUUGAUGCUGAAAACCUGUGGAAGAAGUCUUAUCAGUGAGUUUGAAGAUCAAAUAUCAGAGAACUGCGUAACUCAAAUCUGCAAAAAAAAAUAUUUUAGAAGAAACUCUUUGACGGACACCUCUCUCCCCCAAUCUUUCACCAGCCAUGCCAAGGUGCAAGAGCAAGUAGAGGAACUCCUGCAGUUGGAGGUUAGUCUUCCGUUCUAAACAAUGGUCCAUUGUUAUCUGUGGUUGAGGCGUACCCUUGGAAAGACUUGAGAAAUGAGGAUGUUGUGUGUGUGCUUGUUUUCCUGCAGGAGGAAUGGGAUGCCUUUCUGGACCGCAUAGACACUGCGCUGAAGACAAGUGACAAACGGCUCACAGGAGGCCCAACUUCACAGAAUCUGAGUGCUGAUACACCCCUCACAGAUGCCAGGAGUGGAGAGUGAGUCAACAUAGAUACUGAACAAAAAUAUAAACGCAACAUGCAAUAAUUUCUAAGGUUUUACUGAGUUACAGUUCAUAUAAGGAAAACAGUCAAUUGAAAUAAAUUCAUAAGGCCCUAAUCUAUGGAUUUUAUAUGAAUGGGAGUACAGAUAUGGAUCGGUUGGUCACAGAUACCAUACCAUUAAAAAAAAGUUAGGGGCGUGGAUCAGAAAACCAGUCAGUAUCUGGUGUGACCACCAUUUGCCUCAUGCAGCGCGACAAGUCUCCUUCUCAUAGAGUUGGUCAGGCUGUUGAUUGUGGCCUGUGGAAUGUUGUCUCACUCCUCUUCAAUGGCUGUGCAAAGUUGCUGGAUAUUGGCUGGAACUGGAACACGCUGUUGUACAUGUCGAUCCAGAGCAUCCCAAACCUGAUCAAUGGGUGACAUGUUUGGUGAGUAUGCAGACCAUGGAAGAACUGGGACAUUUUCAGCUUCCAGGAAUUGUGUACAGAUCUUUGCGACAUGGGGCUGUACAUUAUCAUACUGAAACAUGAGGUGAUGGCGGCGGAUGAAUGGCACGACAAUGGGCCUCAGAAUCUCGUCACAGUAUCUCUGUGCAUUUUAAUUGCUAUCGAUAAAAUGCAAUUGUGUUCGUUGUCCGUAGCUUAUGCCUGCCCAUACUAUAACCCCACCGCCACCAUGGGGCACUCUGUUCACAACGUGACAUCAGCAAACUGCUCGCCCACACAACACCAUACACAUGGUCAGCGGUUGUGAGGCUGGUUAGACGUACUGCCAAAUUCUCUAAAAUGAUGAGGCGGCUUAUGGUAGAGAAAUGAACAUUCAAUUAUUUGGCAACAGCUCUGGUGGACAUUCCUGCAGUCAGCAUGCCAACUGCACGCUCCCUCAAUAUUUGAGACAUCUGUGGCAUUGUGUUGUGUGACAAAACUCAAAACAUUUUAGAGUACCAUUUUAUUGUCCCCAGCACAACGUGCACCUGUGUAAUGAUCAUGCUGUUUAAUCAGCUUCAUGAUAUGCCACACCUGUAAGGUGGAUGGAUUAUCUUGGCAAAGGAGAAAUGCUCACUAACAGGGAUGUAAACAAAUUUCUGCACAACAUCUGAGAGAGAUACGUUUUCUGUGUGUAUGGAAAAUGUUGGGGCUAUUUUAUUUCAGCUCAUGAAACAUGGCACCAACACUUUACAUGUUGCAUUUAUAUUUUUGUUCAGUGUAUAAAAAUAAAUAAACUUGUCUCUGAAGAACUAGGAGAAAGUUCUAGAGAAAAUCGUGUGAGUACAGAAAUGACCCAAACUGACCCUCUGUUGUGUUGUGCAGGAAUGUGACUCUGGGACAGUACUUUGGGAAACGGGAGAAUCUGCUGCUGGUUCUGAUCCGACACUUUGGAUGACUACCGUGACGCGAGCACGUGGCUGAGAUGGAGACCCAACAGGUCAGUCUACCUGAGAGGAGAGGAGCGUAUCUCCUACCAUCUCUGUGCUCCUAACUUCAUGGAACAUAACCUACCAUCUUUCAGUGACCUUAACUUGUAACGUCCUCUAGCAGCUUAGUGUCAGUUCCUUUAUUGUACUAUGUAUCUUCAGUUGGUAUGGGCGCGAGCACUCAAAUAUGUUUGAGUACUCGAUUAAAGGUUUGUAUUCGAUUGCUAAUAAUGAAAUAAAAGUACUCAAUGUACAAAUGCAACUAUUUAGCAGGUUGAAUUGAUAAGCACUGACAAAAUGUUAAUCUCUAAGAUGUGUUUAUUGUUUGUGGAGUAUGUAAAAUGCAGUGAAAACAUUGCACAAACUUGUUUUGCCUUCAGACCCAUUUUACGCUAACAAGCGAGUAAAUGAUUUGCAUAAGAGCACUCGAAAUACAGACAUUCUUUCAAAUGCCCAUCCUUCAUUUUCAGGGACUCCUAGAUUCUCAGUCAACUCGGGUACUGGUGGUCUCCUUUGGCUGUCGAGAAGGUGCUCAGCUCUGGCUAGAACAGACGGGCUGCAAGUACGACAUGCUGCUUGACCCACAGAGGAAGGUAAGAGCUGGGCUGCCACUAUAGAGGGCCACUCAGGGUUGAUCAUGACCUAUUGACCUUUGGUAGCUGAAUGUAAAGCUUUUAUGUACUCUGUGUUAUGCCAAUGUUUCGCCAACUGGAUACAUAUUCUCUGUGUUUCAGAUUUACAAGGCAUUUGGCCUGGGAUCUUCCUAUUCAAAGGUGAUGAAUUUUGGCUGCUUGCUUCAAUAUGCAGAGUAUGUUGCGUUAGGCCAAGAGUUUCCUGACAUCCCACCACGUUUCCUGGAAGAUCUCUAUCAGGUAUUCAGAAAUAUAUCUGAAAAUAUUUCAUCCUACUUAAGAUACGACGUACAGUAGCUAUACAUUAAACACAUCAAAUAUUUUCUCUUUCCAUGAAGAAAAGUAUCCAUACAAUGCCCUUUUAUUUCGGGAUAGGUUUGUAUAAUCCAUGUCCUCAUUCUAAUUCAGUUUUUGAUAUGAUUUCAGAUGGGCGGUGAUUUUGUCCUGGAUGAAGGCGGGAAAGUGAUCCUCUCUCAUCCCUGCAAGAAUCCAAUGGACAGGCCUGAAGUAGCACAGAUGGUGGCUACCAUCUCAUCUGUUGGCCAUCCUACUAGCUUAUAA